UUUACUUCAACCUAAAGAUAUUCCUCCUUAAUCAAAACCUUUACUUCAACAUCACAUUUUCUCUUUGUUGAGAGAAUGUUUUGCUCACAUUUUCAUUAUCCUUUGCCAUACAAUACCUAUUUAUACAUCUCAUGCCAUUGACAAAGUAAGAGUUGUACACCAUGAAUAAUAAUAAUGACCAAUAUUACAAGAUUUUUACCAUCUUUAUCAGCCUUCUUUGCAUGAGAUUUACUCAAAUAUUAAUUGCAGAAGCUUCUGUCGUUUCUACUGGAGAUUUCAAUAAGGAUUUCUUCGUAACAUGGUCUCCUAACCAUGUAAAUACCUCAGCUGAUGGCCACCAAAGAAGCUUGAAACUUGACCAAGAAUCCGGAGCUGGUUUUGCCUCAAAUCAAAUGUUUUUGUUUGGACAAGUUGACAUGCAAAUAAAGCUCGUACCAGGCCAUUCAGCUGGCACAGUUGUGGCCUAUUAUUUGACAUCUGAUCAACCAAAUCGUGAUGAGAUAGACUAUGAGUUCCUUGGAAAUGUGGAUGGUAAACCAUAUAUUCUUCAGACAAAUAUUUUUGCAGAUGGCUAUGACAACCGCGAAGAAAGGAUUAAUCUCUGGUUUGAUCCCACCAAAGAUUUCCAUACCUAUUCUAUUUUAUGGAACCUUCACCAAAUUGUGUUCAUGGUGGAUUGGGUCCCCAUAAGAGUGUACAGAAACCAUGCAGAGAAGGGUGUAGGGUUUCCAAGGUGGCAGCCAAUGGGGAUCAAAGUCAGCCUAUGGAAUGGUGACAGCUGGGCCACUCGAGGUGGGAAGGAGAAAAUUGAUUGGUCAAAAGGUCCAUUCUUGGCUUCGUUUAGGAAUCAUAAGAUAGAUGCGUGUGUAUGGAAUGGGAAUGCAAGGUUUUGUAGAGCAGAAAGUUCUACUAAUUGGUGGCACAAAGGCAAGUUCAGCUCACUAACAUCCACACAAAGAAAGCUUUUCAAAUGGGUUAGGAAGUAUCACAUGAUUUAUGAUUAUUGCCAAGAUAAUCAACGGUUCCAAAAUGAUCUUCCCAAGGAAUGCUCUCUACCAAAGUACUAACUAAUCAAAAAGUAGUUUAAUUUGUGAGAUUGUUUUAUUAUUAUUAUUACUAUUAUUAUAUGAUAUAAAACGGAAUCAUAGAGGUCAUUAAUUAGAUCAAAGUAAUUGUCACUUGGAAGUAAAGUAAGCCUUUAAUUCUCUUCAGUACACCAAAAUGUCUCCUUUCCUUUUUGCUUUUUAUUAUUGUCGUUUUAAUGAAGAAUGGUAGUAAAAUGAAUUAUAUGAUCUAAUUAUCAUUUGUAUUUUAAUGCUACGAUAUGAUGAAUUGAACGUGUAUACUACAAUAUAUGUACAUGAGCAUGAAUAAUUCAUUUAUCUACAUUCAAAUUGGUAUUGUUUAUAGAUAAUUGUGGGAUUUUACCUUUGUAUCGGAGUGGGGUGCUUUUGUUUGGUCU